AUGCUUGACUGUGAUUCCGGGGAGGAGGCUGAGGUUAUUGCUAAAAAGCUCCUGAAUAUUGGAGAAUACAGAGAUGCAGAGUUUCUGUCUGUAGUCCUAGACGAAAUGGCAGAAGCCGAUGAAGUGGAAAAGGAAAAAUGCUGUAUAUGUCUUGAAUAUAUUAAGGAAUCGAAAGCCCUACUUGGGUGUAACCAUUCCUUCCAUCUGAACUGUAUUUACCUGUGGUUUAACAUGAAAAGGACGUGCCCAAGCUGCAGAAAGGCAGUAAAGUGA